CACGCAAUAUAAAGGCACACAGCACCACCGCUGUGAGUGGUUAACAGUUAAUCCACAUGACAUACACAUCAUACGUAAAGUGGCACGUCAUUAGUUUAGACUUUCACAAUUACGUAAGCACUACAAGAGGCAGCGGCUGGUGGACCCAUUGGGCAAGUUCUCCAUUUUUACACCACCAUGGAUUCAGCAAACCCCAAGGAAACGGAAAAGCACUGCGUUCUGUGCUGCCAAGAAAUCGACAUCUUCGCCUUCGGGAAAUGCGACCAUCCGGUGUGUUAUCGCUGCUCCACUAAAAUGAGGGUUCUAUGCGAGCAGAAGUACUGCGCCGUCUGCCGGGAGGAGCUCGACAAGGUGGUGUUUGUGAAGUCCGCAGUGCCAUUUUCUUCUCUGCCACAUCAUCAGUUCCCCUGUGAGAAGAUGCAUGACAUCUAUUUUGCUGAUGAGAAGAUCCAUGCUCAGUACAGGCACCUGCUCUUGCCACAGUGUCCAUGCUGUUCUGAAGCUAAAGUGUUCUCCAAGUUUGUGGAGCUGGAGCAGCACAUGAGGAAGCAGCAUGAGCUUUUCUGUUGCAAGCUCUGCACAAAGCAUCUGAAGAUCUUUUCCCAUGAGCGGAAGUGGUACAACCGCAAAGAACUUGCGCGUCAUCGAGCUCACGGAGACCCAGACGACACCAGUCACAGGGGACACCCGCUCUGUAAGUUCUGUGAUGACCGCUACCUAGACAACGAUGAGCUCCUCAAACACUUGAGAAAGGACCACUACUUCUGCCACUUCUGUGAUGCUGACGGCUCCCAGGAAUAUUAUAGUGAUUACCAGUACUUGAGUGAGCACUUCAGAGAAACUCACUAUCUGUGUGAGGAGGGUUUCUGUGCCACCGAGCAGUUCACCCAUGCAUUCCGCACCGAGAUCGACUACAAGGCACACAAGGCUUCGGCACACAGCAAGAGCCGCGCCGAGGCCCGUCAAAACCGCCACAUUGACCUGCAGUUCAACUUGGCCCCAAGACAACAGAGGAGAAAUGAAGGCAUGGUGACAGGGGAGGAUUAUGAGGAAGCUCGUCACCAACGUGGAGGAAGAGGAAGACCUCAGGCGGGACAGAAGAGCUGGCGGUACUCUCGUGAGGAAGAGGAUAGAGAGGUGGUAGCUGCUAUGCGGGCAUCGAUGGUGAUGCAUCGACAAGUGGACCGAAUGGCAGCGUUGGAGAGGAGUGCUCCCAAACACUAUAGGGAAGAGAGGACGGAGAGAACUGAAUCUGGAGAGCCCAUUUCCAGGAUUGGACCAAUCAAACCAACAAGCAAACCUCCAGUAAGGACAAUGAGGAGUUUAAAUCCAACAGAGGAAGAAGAUGACUUUCCAGCAUUGGGAGCUGCUGCACCCCCCGCCAUAGUGAAAUCCUCUCCACUGGUGGUUCCCUCAGCUCCCAGGCCUUUGAAGGAAGAUGACUUCCCCAGCCUCUCAGUAGUUAAUGUCGCAGCCCCCAUGACGCCAUCUUACCCUGCCCAACCCAAGAAGUCUUCUUCUUUUCAAGAGGAGGAUUUCCCUGCUCUUGUGUCCAAAAUCCAGCCCCUUAAAUCUGCUACGAGCAAGAACUCUGCGUGGUCCACUCACGCUGCUCCAGCCCGCCCCACGGCUCAGCCCCCACCUUCCUCCAGACCGCCCCCUCCACUCUCCUCAGCAUCCACCCGCCCACAACUCCUGACCUCCUCAAACUCCUCAUCAAAGAGGAAAAAGAAAGUAGGGGAGAACGGAAAAGCCGCUCCCAUGCGCUCCUCUCCUUCCUCCGACGAAGAGAGUGGCGGAAUGACGCAGCAGCAGUUCCGCUCGGUGCCCACCAUGCUCGACAUCUCGUCUCUGCUGACAGUUAAAGGAAGUGAUGGGAAAGCCUCUACCGCUACCUGCAGCCCUCCCACCCCGACCCCUAGCGCUGACCUCCUUCCCAAUAAAGCCAGCAAAAAGAAAAAACAGAAGAACACGUCUUCUCCUUCUAAAUCUUCAGCAUCAGGUACGCCGGCUCCUGCAAAGACACUUUCGGUGGAAACGACGGCACAAAAAGAGAAUGUUCCUGAAAAAACGAGGAACAAGCCCUCGAGUGCUGUGGCGGCGACAGCACCGUGCCGUUUGGUUAAUGGCUUCAACGAGAAACCAGCCAUUAGUAAGGAGACGGUCACGGCACCGCCACAGCCCAACACAGAUGCUCCUGUAGAACAAGAGGAAGACUUCCCGGCCCUUAAGACCAAGAAGCCACCUCCAGGGUUCAAGACCUCCUUCCCAACAAAGUCAACUUCUGCUCCAUCCCCGGUGCCCCCACCUCCACCUGGACUGGGACUCUUGGCCACUAAGCCCCCUCCAGGCUUCACUGGGAUCCCCCUCAACAGUAAUGUGGUUGAAGCCCCUCCUCUGGCAGUAAACCUCCUCCCUAAAACAUCAAACAGUGGUUACCUGGUUCCAGAAGACUUCCAUCAAAGGAAUCUGGAGCUGAUCCAGUCCAUUAGGAAGUACCUCCAUGAUGACGAGUCCAAGUUCAAUCAGUUCAAGAACUAUUCUGCACAAUUUAGACAGGGUGUUCUAUCCGCAGCCAAGUAUCACCGCAGCUGCAAGGACUUGCUGGGCGACGACUUCAACCGCAUCUUCAAUGAGCUGCUGGUGCUGCUGCCGGACACCGUCAAGCAGCAGGAGCUCCUGACGGCGCACGGAGACUGCAAGGCUCAGGAGAAACAGUCGGGAACAGGCGGCGGAGGAAAGAAAAGCAAGAACAAAAAAAGCGUGUGGCAGACGCCUAGCCCGCAGGCUAACACUAACGCUGCCGCCGAGCUGGACUGCCAGGUGUGCCCCACGUGCAGACAGGUGCUCGCACUCAAAGAUUUCAACUCCCACAAGAUGCUGCACAUGAGGGACAAUGACGAGUUCCCUUCCUUGCAGUCCAUUAGCCGAAUUAUCAGCUAGCGUGCCGUUGAGUACUCUGUUGAUGACUCUCGUCUGCAGCUGCCAGGAUGGAGGACGGCAGCAAUGGAUCACGGCUCAAAAGAGGGACACCGUGGUUCCUGAUGAACAUUUCAUUGAAAAGGUUAAUAGUUCAAAUGUCGUCUGUCCAUUGGCAGUUUGCAACCACCACUGUUGGUUUAUUUCAGUAGGACAGAAGACAACCUGAUGAGCUACUUGAGGAAUCUAUUGCGACUGAAAAGCCCCCCAGAUUCCCAGCACCGUGAUGAGUUAGACUGUUUUUGCCCUUUUUAUGAACAUGACAGAUCAUAUUUUCAGUAUCAAGUCGGGAUGCCUGGUGUAAAAUUGAAAGCAGCUCUAAUUUAAAUUAUUUAGAUCACUGUAGCUGUUGAGCGCCAUUGAGGUUUGAUUGUAUGAAGAACUAAGUAGAUUAUUUUUUUUUCUUCUUUCUGUUCAAAUAUUUACAGGGGGAGUUUACAAUUAAAAAAAAUAAAUAAAAUAAAAUAAAAAAGUCAUCAUAAAACAGUCAUGACUUAACAGUAGUAAAUUUGAUCUGUGAAAUAGAACACUGGGUUACAAAAAAAAUUGGGGUGAAUUGUCUGUUUUUUCAAUGGAUUUGGGACAUUUUUGCAUCGCUGCGUCCAAAAAUUAUGUUUUUCUUGUUCAGGUGAGGUCUUUAUGCCAAGUUAAGUUUAUUAAUCAAAUUUACAAACUUUGCUUACUGUAAAUUAAGUAGUAGAUAUUUAUAAAAGUAAGCACCUGCAAAUUGAAUGUUACAUCAUCAUUGUUCAAAGUUCAGGGCAUGAACCUGUUUAUUUGAACCGCUAAAACGAAAAUACCUGUACAUGUAAACAAAUAAAUGUGGCCAUGGUUCAAAAAGUUGAAUUGAGCAAAGGCAAUGUGAUAUUUUGAUUCAGCACCUCAAAAUCGCCCUAAAUCAGUUUAAAUAAAUAAAUUAGUUGACGAGUGUAAUAAUUUGUACAGCACUUGCGGGCACAUUUAUAGCGGGCACAGCCUGCUGUCUUGGGGUGUCUUGAGGUGACCCCUUACCUUUUUACCCCAGAUAAGCACCUUAUACGUGAUGGGGUAUUACUAUAAACAAAAAAAUCGGUUUGAAGUUUCAUUAUUUGUGAGGCCAUGGGGAUGUAACCACUACGAGUGUGCCUGCGAGAGCACGACAAAUGAUUUACACCUUGUAAUCACGCCUUGUCUUUGGUUUUUCCUCAGCCGCGGUGGUUUCUUAAGAUGAAAUUAGCGGCACUAGAUGGGGCCCAGAGAUGGCUGUUUUUUUUUUUGGUUCCCACCCAUCCUAUUUAUGAAAUAUAGUUACGUCAAUGACAAAACGACUAUGACAAAAAGUGAUUUUUUUUUUUAUUGCAAGCUUCCCUUUUAUCUUGCAGGUACUUGGAGAAUGAGUAAUUGACAAAAUUGGCCACAGGUUGGACGGGUUAAAAUAGCUAAACAAGAGCAAAAUCAAAUUAACUGUUUUCUGCCUGUGUAUUCUCCAUUUUUGGUUUAAAUUAUACAGUUUUGAAUAAGUAAGUAAGUGUAAUAUGCCUCACCAAGGUUAAGAAUAGCACAUUAUUAUUUCACCCUCAUCGUUUAAAACGUGUCAAUAUGGACUUCAACACUUGAGGGGCUGGGGACCGUGACAUACCCUCCCCUCUGAGCGGCUUUCUGCUAGUGUGCAUGUUUGUGUUCAUCUUCUCUCAGGACCUGCAGCUUGCAGUGCUGUGUGUCAACCUGAAUGACUUCAUGACAAACCGUAUGUAGUUUGUCUGUACAUCCUACAGCUGCUGCUGCUCUUUUUGUUUUCUGUCUGGCGCCAAUAAAGUCCUUUCUGUCAGA